AUGAUUCAGAAAGAAAAUGCUGAAAGCGAAAAAGACGGGGAGGUUCUGAGGAUUACGAAGAGAGAACUGAUUCAAGGAUUUAUAUCAGAAAUCUCCGUCUCCCAGAACCGCUGCCUGCGCCUUCUCUCCCUCCCCAACUGCGAUUUGGAGCACUUCGACGUGAUUCUCCGCCAAUGCCCGUCUUUGGAAUGGCUCGAUCUUUCUCAAAAUCUGAUCGACUAUCUUCCCUCCGGAAACGCCUUUGCCCGCGCCAAGAACUUGAAACUGCUCAAUCUGCACAACAACGGAAUUCAUACGGUCAAAUGCCUCCUCGGAUUAUCUUUUUGUCAGGGACUCAUUGGACUCACGCUCUACAAUACCCCGAUUGCUUCGCGAAAAGGAUAUAGACAUCACAUGCUGAACACAGUUUACUCUCUGAAAGCCCUGGACCAUUUCAUCGCUUCGGAUCAAGAAUUAAUCGAAGACGCCAACUUCAAAAACGCCGAUUUCCGCCCUUUCGGCAAAAAUUUCCGCAUCAACCUACUGCCCGCUCUUUUUUCGCCCUCUUCACUUGCCAAGAUCAUCCACCAAAUAACGCAUGUUAUGUGCCACUUUUCGCCAGUGACGCUGAUCCAGCGAGUCGUGAGAGGACAUCUUGUUCGUCGACGAAUCAGCAGAAACGGCGGCAAGCCAUUUCGUCCAGCUUCGGUGAAACCGAGAGGGCGAGAUCUUCUCCCAGAAGAGUGGAAGUUCGAAAAAGGAUCGGUGGAGAUCAACGAACGAAAACUACGGGAAAUACUCAAGGACGAAAACGAGAAAAACGCGAAAGACUUCUGGCGAGAACUCUCCUUUCCCGAUUUGAGCAAAAACAGCGUAGAAGAUGGCCUGUACGGAAAAUCGACGAAAAUCGCAGAUGCAGAACGAGCACUUCCAUUUGAAGCGCUUCGGCGAAAACAAGCACAUGAAAUUGAAAAAAGAAAUCUGGAAAUUUACAGAGACGCGCUGGCGGAAAACACGCUAGAAGAAAAAACGGAAAAAUUGCGAGCCUGGAAAGCGGAGAAAAAUGCAAAAAAGAAUGCGCGAAAUGCGACAAACGAUAUUCUGAGGCGAGUUUCGAGGAGUAUCGAUGCUGCGAAAGCGAUUGAGUCGGCGUAUUUGAUUAGAGACAAGAAGACGAGGCAUGUGAAGACAGUCGAGCGCAAGAAUAAAUUGAAACAAGAAGAGGCUAAGAUUCAAGAAAAUAUUGAACAUUUCAAGGAAACGUACCGAAUAAAUGCAGUAUCAGCACGAAAAGCAGAACGCCAGGAAAUCAACGAGUUCCUUGCGGCCCAAUCUCAACAAAUUUACGAUAAAAAGAAGAAACUAAUCAGCGACUUCCGCGAAGAGAAAUCGUCAAAAGACAAGGAUCUGAAAUGGAAGCGCGAGAACCAGCGAAAAUUCUCAGAAUAUUAUGUCAAGCUUGAAAAAGAAAUCAUCAAAUAUAACGUGCGAAUCAACAGAGAACAGUACAUUUCCAAGUGCAGAGAGACCUCCGAGCGAGUUAGAGACGACCUCGAAGCUGGAAAGGAUAGAAAGUUCAAUCUUCUGGCGCAGGAUAUGCAAUACUAUCAUAGAUAUAAUAACAGAUAUCGUUCAAGGCUGCAGAAUUCUCGAAACAAAGUGCGCGAGAAAAUCGAAAAACGGACGCUGGAAGCUCAUGACUACGUCAACACAAAAACUACCAGAGAACCUUUUCAACUUCCCUACGUCGAACCAGCUUGA